ACAACUAAAAACGUUCACAAUUCAAAUCGUCUAAUUUGAACUAAUAAUGGAACCACUGUAAAAAGUCGAUGUUUUCUUAGACUCGUUUGUGUAACGCAACUGAACUGUGGUGCACCAGGAAAAACAUUCCCCCUCUAUCUGUCAUUCAAUCCUGAUUCAAUCGAUGUUUGGAAUUCACACACACACGCGUGACGGAAGCGUCGAUGGACACCGAAGCGGAUCUCUUUUAUCGUCAGCUGCCCAAAGUGGAGCUGCACGCGCAUCUCAACGGAUCAGUCAGUUUUGAGAUUAUGGAGACGCUGAUUCAGCGCAAGCCGCAUCUGAACAUUGAGCACAGCAUGACCGCCAUCCGCCGCGGACAGCGCCGAACACUGGACGAGUGUUUUCAAGUGUUUAAAGUGAUUCAUCAGCUGGUUGAUUCAGAAGAGGACAUCCUUAUGGUUGCUAAAGCAGUCAUUCAAGAGUUUGCGGCAGAUGGCGUAAAAUACUUGGAGUUGCGUAGCACGCCACGGGAAGUGACUGAAACAGGUCUCACUAAACAAAGAUACAUUGAAACUGUGCUGGAAGCCAUCCGGCAGUGUAAACAAGAGGAAGUUGACACUGAAGUCAGGUUUCUCGUGGCUGUGGACCGCAGACACGGGCCUGACGUUGCAAUGGAGACCGUGAAGCUGGCAGAAGACUUCAUGCUCUCCAGUGAUGGAAUAGUAGUCGGACUUGACCUCAGUGGAGAUCCGAACGUCGGUCAUGGAAAAGACUUGCUCUCUGCACUUCAGAAAGCCAAGAACUGCGGCCUGAAGUUGGCUCUACACCUCUCAGAGGUUCCUUCUCAGAGAGAUGAGUCCGAGCUGUUGUUGAACUUGCCUCCUGAUAGAAUCGGCCACGGAACCUUCCUACAUCCUGAGGUCGGUGGAUCGGACAGUCUUGUGGAGAAAGUUUGCAAGCAAAAUAUUCCUAUUGAGCUGUGUUUGACCUCUAAUGUCAAAGGUCAAACAGUGCCUUCAUAUGAGAAGCAUCACUUCCAGUACUGGUAUAAGCGAGGACACCCAUGUGUUCUCUGCACGGAUGAUAAGGGUGUGUUCUGCACGGAUCUCUCUCAGGAGUACCAGCUGGCUGCCUCCACCUUUGGUUUGACUCAGGAGGCCGUGUGGAAUCUCUCCCAGCAGGCCAUUGGAUACACCUUCGCCCCUGAGCCAAUCAAAAAUAGGCUGGAGAAGAAAUGGGCGGAGCUCAAACAGCAGAUUCUCCAUUGAGGAAUGACUGCUGUAAACUUCACCACUCCAACAGUCCUACCUCAGACAGCCGAAACGGCGGCUUUUCAUAAAACGAAGGCACAUUGUUGCAGCUAAUGUCGCUCCUUAAUUUCAAAGCACACGCUGCAUUAAUAUCUGAACUAAUAUCAAAAAUACCUAUGUUGUGUGAAAAUGAUUUGAAAUUGAUUUUAAUAUUUAUCAUAGACUAUAAAUAUUGUUAUUUUUAAUAUUGGAUAUUAAUACAAAAAUAUUAAAUAUACAUUUAUCAAUUACACAGCUUCUAUGAAAGUGGUCUAUUUUAUUUAACAUUUUUCAAUACAAUGUUGUUUCUUAAUAAAUCAUUCUCAUU